AUGGUGACUAAUACUUGUCAAGGGAGAAUCCGACCUAGUCAAGGUCAAUUGAAAAAGCACAGUGACGGAUCCGCGUCUGUCCCGGUGGAAAUCGACGACCCAUCCGACAAUUUGACAAACCCUAACUCUCCGCCGCUGAAUCCCGAUAUGCAAGAACCAGCCACUGACGGAGAUGACAAUUCCAACAAGCAGAUCGUGCUAUAUGAGGGUGAGACGGACUCGGUUGCUACAGCUGAAGAAGAAGAAGUAGAAGAUGAAGAGGCGACAGCGGAAAAGCCUGCGACAGAUCCGUCAGACCCGACCGCCGUGAAUCACCAAGCGCCACCUUCAACUGAUGAAGCAACUGACGUAGCGGUCACUACACCUCCGGUGGUGAAUGCAGAUGGUGUCCCUGAACCAGCAGAGCCGAAAAUUCCGGAGCCCGACGCCUCACUUCCUCUGUCAGAUCCAAAAUCCGCCGUUUCACUUCCUUAUGUCGACGAAGCUCGCGAAACAGAGGCUCUUGAUGAACUUCAGCCUGCGCAUGAACUCCUUGCCUCGUUUCUCAAUCAGACACGAUACGCUCAUAGUGAUGAAGAACAUAGUGAUGCCGAUGCUUCACUCGUGCCAAGGAAUAUAAAAGUGCUUGAAGAAGCAGGUCUACCUUGGUCGAAGAAGCCAAAACAGAAGACCGAUGCCUCAUCCUCUUCGUCGGUUUUUAAAGCUUCAAAGUCUCGAACAACUCCAAUGAAGAAAGUGCCAUCUCGCACUAGUUCAGGAGCACGAGGGAAAGACAAGGAAACGGAAGCAGCCAAACCUCGCAUGAAGACACCCCUAAACAGGUCAGCUAGCUUUCCAUCCCGUGGUAUCAUCGAUGAAAGGAUUGUUGAUCUUCAAGCUGAGGCUCAUUGUGGAUAUCCUCAGAUAAUCAUCAAGGGAGGAUUCUAA